AUGGAUGGUGCCAUGGGGCUUCGGACACUGCUGUGUGUGUAUCUGGUGUCCCUCCUCACCCUGCAGGCUAUGCCUGCUUUGGGGUCAGCCCCACGCAGGGCCAAGGGCAGUGAGAAGCGACAGACCGUGGACACAGCAGUCAACGGCGUAUUCAUCCAGAGUCUGAAAGUCAACUGCAAAGUUACAUCCCGCUUCGCUCACUACGUCAUCACCAGCCAAGUGGUCAACACAGCUGACAGUGCCAGGGAGGCGGCCUUCGAGGUGGAGAUCCCCAAGACAGCCUUCAUCAGCGACUUUGCCAUCACAGCGAACAAGAACACAUACAUCGGGGACAUAAAGGACAAAGUGACUGCAUGGAAGCAAUACCGGAAAGCCGCCAUCUCCGGGGACAAUGCUGGCCUUGUCAGGGCCUCCGGGAGAAACAUGGAGCAGUUCACCAUCCAUAUCACCAUCGGUCCCCGGAGUAAGGCCACGUUCCAGCUGACCUACGAGGAGGUGCUAAAACGAAAACUUACCCAGUACGACAUCACCAUCAAAGUGAAGCCCAAGCAGCUGGUGCAUCACUUUGAGAUCGACGUGGACAUCUUUGAGCCCCAGGGGAUCAGCAAGCUGGACGCGCAGGCCUCCUUCCUCACCAAGGAGCUGGCAGCUCAAACUAUCAAGAAAUCCUUCUCAGGGAAAAAGGGUCACGUGCUCUUCCGCCCCACCGUGGGCCAGCAGCAGUCCUGCCCCACAUGCUCUACCUCCUUGCUGAACGGGGACUUCAAGGUGACCUACGAUGUCAACAGGGACAAGCUCUGUGACCUCCUGGUGGCCAAUAACUACUUCGCCCACUUCUUUGCCCCCCAAAACCUGACUAACAUGAGAAAGAACCUGGUGUUUGUGAUUGACAUCAGUGGGUCCAUGGAGGGCCAGAAAGUGAAGCAGACCAAGGAAGCACUCCUUAAGAUCCUGGGGGACAUCCAGCCCGAGGACUACUUUGACCUGGUCCUCUUCGGGACCCAUGUGCAAUCUUGGAGGGGCUCGCUGGUGCAAGCAUCCGAGGCCAAUCUGCAAGCGGCUCGAGACUUCGUGGGGCGCUUCUCUUUGCAUGGAGCCACAAACCUAAAUGGAGGUUUGCUCCAGGGAAUUGAGAUCUUGAACAAAGCUAAGGAAAGCCUCCCAGAACUCAGCAACCAUGCCUCCAUCCUCAUCAUGCUGACAGACGGCGAGCCAACCGAGGGGGUGACGGACCGUGCCCUAAUCCAAAAGAACAUCCGCAACGCCAUCCAGGGCAGGUUCCCGCUCUACAACCUGGGCUUUGGCCACGACCUGGACUUUAACUUCCUGGAGGUCAUGUCCAUGGAGAACAAUGGAUGGGCCCAGAGAAUCUAUGAGGACCACGAUGCCGCCCAGCAGCUACAGGGUUUCUAUAAGCAGGUAGCCAAUCCCUUGCUGGUGGACGUGGAUCUGCAGUACCCUCAGGAUGCUGUCUCGGCCCUGACCCAGCACCGACAUAAACAGUACUACGACGGCUCGGAGAUCAUGGUGGCUGGGCGCAUUGCGGACCACAAACUGGGGAGCUUCAAGGCUGAUGUGAAGGCCCAAGGGGAGGGCCGGGAAUUCAAGACAACCUGCCUGGUGGAUGAGGAAGAAAUGAAGAAACUGCUCCAAGAGCGUGGCCACAUGCUGGAGAACCAUGUGGAGCGCCUGUGGGCCUAUCUCACCAUCCGGGAGCUUCUGGCCAAACGGAUGAAGACCGAGGGGGAGGAGAAGGCCAGCUUGUCAGCCCAGGUCCUGAAGAUGUCACUGGACUAUCAGUUUGUGACACCACUGACCUCCAUGACCAUCAGGGGCAUGGCGGAUGAGGAUGGGCUGGAGCCCACCAUUGACAAAUCUCCAGACGAUUCCCCACCCUUGGAGAUGGUAGGACCCAGAAGGACAUUCGUACUCUCCGCCUCACAGCCAUCGCCAACCCAGCCCAGCUCUAGUUUCCAUCGGUUGCCAGACCAAGUGACGGGUGUGGACACGGACCCCCACUUCAUCAUCCACGUGCCCCAGAAAGAGGACACCCUGUGCUUCAACAUCAACGAGGAGCCUGGUGUGAUCCUCAGCCUGGUACAGGACCCCGACACAGGUUUCUCGGUGAAUGGGCAGCUCAUUGGCAGCAAGGCCAGGAGCCCUGGGCAGCAUGAGGGCACAUACUUUGGGCGACUGGGGAUCACAGACCCUGCAACAGGCUUUCAACUGGAAGUGACUCCCCAGAACAUCACACUGAGCCCUGGCUCGGAUGGGCCCGUGUUCUCCUGGAAAGACCAGGCUGUGCUGCGGCAGGAUGGGACGGUGGUGGCCAUCAACAGGAAGAGGAACCUGGUGGUGUCUGUGGAUGACAAGGCCACCUUUGAGGUUGUCCUACACCGAGUGUGGAGGGGGAGUGCAGUCCACCAGGCCUUCCUGGGCUUCUAUGUGCUGGAUAGUCGCUGGAUGUCACCCCGGACACACGGGCUGUUAGGACAAUUUUUACACCCCUUUGAUUUUGAAGUAUCAGACCUCCGCCCAGGCUCUGAUCCCACGAAAACAGAUGCCACACUGGUGGUGAAGAACCACCAGCUGACAGUCACCAGAGGCUUGCAAAAAGACUACAGCAAGGACCCGCGACGUGGGGCAGAGGUGUCUUGCUGGUUUGUCCACAACAAUGGAGCUGGACUGAUCGAUGGCAUUCACACUGACUACAUUGUCCCUGACAUCUUCUGAACCCUCCGGCUGGCACACUAGACUUCCCUUAGGACUGUGGCAGAGGAGGAGGGUACCUACCUGACCAAGCUGGUUCCUUAUGUGAAAGAACCCUAUGACUUCCAUUAAAGACAGGCUAUGCCCA